UGUCCUUCCUUCCAUAAUGGCGGCCAAUCUCGUGUGUCAGAUUCAUCCAGUUGUUUUGUUUACGAUUGUAGAUUCUUACGAAAGAAGAAAUGAGGACGCAAAGCGUGUCAUAGGAACAUUACUAGGAUCAUAUGAUAAAGGGGUAGUGGAGGUGACCAAUGCAUUUGCUGUCCCACACAAUGAGUCCGAGGAUGAAGUUGCUGCAGACUUGGAGUAUGCCAGAAAUAUGUUUGAACUGCAUAAAAAAGUGAACUCGUCAGAAGUGAUUGUGGGAUGGUAUUCCACAGGUGCCGAUGUAUCUGAACACUCCUUGCUGAUUCACGAAUACUAUUCACGGGAGGCUAAACAUCCCAUCCAUCUCACAGCUGAUACCACCCUACGAGGCAACAAGUUCGGUUUAAAGGCUUAUGUAAGCACACAUAUAGGAACGCCUGGCAAGACCAUUGGUUCCAUGUUCACCCCAGUCCAGGUGGAGAUAAAAAGUUAUGAACCAGAAAAGGUUGGAGUGGGCCUGAUCCAGGGAGGCAAGUACAACCCGAAGCGCACAGUAAACCUGGUGAAUGAUCUGAGCCACGUAGAGAGGGCCUGUGGCAUGCUGCAGCAGAAACUGGCCAUCGUGCUGGAAUACGUCGAGGAUGUACUGGCUAACAAAAUACCAGCAGACAAUGUGAUGGGGCGUUUCCUGAUGGAUCUAGUGACCAAGGUGCCAGUUAUUGAACCUGAGGACUUUGAGGAGAUGUUAAACUCCAACAUGAAGGACCUGUUGAUGGUGACAUAUCUUGCAAAUCUGACCAGAACCCAGCUUGCCUUGAAUGAGAAAUUGAACAUUGCCCUCUAACUCAGCCCCUCAGUCACACGCUCACCUUUGACCCAUUUGGAAGUGAAGAAAAUCCUACAUUGAAACUUUGUACCUUGAUCACUUGAGAACUUGAUAGAUAUUUAUUGAACCACAAGACAUGUACAUGAACAGGUGGAUGUUUUGUCCUUGGAGACUACAUUUUGAACUGGUGAAUCUUUCACAGAUGUAUUACAGACUGUUCCUUUCCAACACAGGGACUUGUAAUCAUCGAUUAAAAUGAAACAUAUAUCAGUA